CACACACACACGCUGACACGCGCGCGCACACACUUUCUCCCUCAACAAAGAGGAAGAAGCUACAAUGAACGCCCUCAAAUUCCACUACCACCACCACCUCUUCCUCUCUCCUCCUCCUCCUCUUCCCCUCCUCCUCCGCCCCAAAACCCUAACCCUAACCCUAACCCUAACCCUAACCCCUCAUCGCCGCCGCCGCCGCCGCUGCUCUCCCCUUUCUCUCCCGCGCGCCGCCGGCCCCUACGCCGCCGACGAGUUCCCCGCCGGCGAGCCCGCGGACGACGAGGCAUUCCUCGCGGCGUUCCGCCCCCGAGAGAAGGAGUCCGAGGAGGAGGCGCGGCGCCGCAACUGGGUCGAGCGGGGCUGGGCCCCCUGGGAGGAGAUCCUCACCCCCGAGGCCGAUUUCGCCCGCAAGAGCCUCAACGAGGGCGAGGAGGUCCCCCUCCAAUCCCCCGACGCCGUCGAGGCCUUCCGCAUGCUCACCCCCUCCUACCGCCGCCGCAAGAUGGCCGAGAGCGGCCUCUCCGAGGACGAGUACCUCGCGCGCCAGUUCGCCGUCAAGGGCGACAUCCCCGACCCGAUCGAAACCCUCUGGGACGGUCCCCUCGCCCUGCGGUUGGUGCCGCCGCGGGAUUGGCCGCCGCCCGGGUGGGAGGUCGACCCCGCGGAGCUGGAGUUCAUCCGGGAGGCCCACCGGAUGCAGGCAGAGAGGGUCGACCUCGACGCUGAGCCAGAGAAGGAUAAGGAGGCCGUGGCUCUGGAGAGGUAUAAGGUUUUCCUCAAGCAGUACAAGGAGUGGGCCGCCGCGAACCGUGACCGGUUGGAAGAGGAGUCGUACAAGUUUGACCAGGACUAUUAUCCUGGCAGGAGGAAGCGAGGCAAAGAUUACAAAGAAGACAUGCUUGAACUUCCAUUUUUCUAUCCUGGACAGAUCUGUCGAGGGAAAGUGGUAACUCUACACCUUCACCAAGGAGCUUUUGUUGAUAUUGGUUGCGUCCACGAUGGGUGGGUCCCAAUAAAAGGAAACGAUUGGUAUUGGAUCCGCCAUCACAUCAAAGUCGGUAUGCAUGUCUUUGUUGAAAUUCUGGCCAAACGAGAUCCAUACCGUUUCCGUUUUCCCAUUGAAAUGCGCUUCGUUUAUCCUAACAUUGAUCAUCUUAUAUUUAACAGAUUUGACUUUCCACCAAUAUUUCACCGUGAGGAGGAUACAAACCCAGAAGAGUUGUGGCGAGAGUCUGGAAGACCGCCCAUUCCUAGGAAAAGGCCCACUGUCAAAAUGGAGGAACAGUCUUUGUUAUCUGACCACCCUUAUGUCGAUAAGUUGUGGCAGCUACAUAAUGCAGAGCAAAUGAUUCUCGAUCACGAGGAGGAAAAUCCUGAUAAAUACAAGGACAAGAAAUAUGAGUCGACUGUUGACACGACCUUUGAUGAAGAAAAUAGUGUGGAAUACACAAAAGCUUACUAUAAGAAAGCUUUGCUGCCAAAGACAAUUUUGAACACCAACAUAAAAGAACUUGAUCUGGAUGCUGCUCGUGCUGAACGCCAGCUGAACAAAAAAUUGAAGAAAGAGGCAGAAGAGAGAGGAGAAGAAUACAAAGUUCCAAAGCUAAGACGUAACGUGGAAAUGGAUGAGUAUGACCUGAUGCAUUGGCGGCGGUCUUUGGAAGAAAGAGAAGCUCUAAUCAGAGACAUCAGCUGUCGGAAAGCUCUUGGCCUACCUAUUGAGGAGCCCGGAAGAUAUGUUGACGAAAAGAAAGUAUGGGGGAAGGAUCACUAUGACCCGACGAGCCCUUUAUACCGCUACGACUACUGGGGGGAGCCGAAGAACUCGGAGAAGAGCAAGCAGGAGAGAAUGACUGAAGACCACAACCAAUCAAUCGUCGGGAAAGGGACGGUUUGGUACGAAAUGUCGUACGAGGAGGCCAUUGAACAGCGAAUGCAGCGGGAGGCCGAGGCAAAGGCAAAGCCAAAGGAACAGGCGGAAGAGAACAACCAGGAGGAGGAAGAAGAAGAAGAAGAUGAUGAUGAUGGAAUAGACUUUGAUUAUAGUAUUUUGGAUGCCCCUAGCGCUAGCUCAACGAGCAAGCCUGUCGUGAAUGGGACAGAGUCUCCGAGGAUGUCGGACGAAGGCAUGUUUGAGAAUUAGCUAGGGAAACUGGCUUAUCUUUUUGUUGUUUGUAUAGUACUACUAUAUCGCGAUUAGGGCAAUUAUUUUUUUGUACUAUUAUUCGAUCACGUAAAUUUUUGACGUGGUAGAAUGGGAUUGCUGAGAAGCUCACACCGGUGCCAGAGCGAGCGAUUUAUGAUCUGCUUAUAGAUUCAUGUAACGAGGACAACGCACAUCGGAUUGCAACAGUAAUGAUAAUUCGCAGCUCGAUUCCGUCAGAACUGUUAUCCUAUUAAUCUGUUAUAUUAGAAUAUUGUGUGCUCUUUUUUCA